AUGGACAUGACAAACGCAACGUAUCUGGGAUUCAGUGGCCAGAAAGGGAGCUUUUCGUUCAUGGAUUCGGACGUUGCUCCUGAGGUCACAAUAAGGCCUAAAGAAUCACUGCUUCCCUGGCUUUCAGAUGGCUGCUUGUCGCUGGCGCUGCCGGUCAUCGCGUAUUGGAGUUUCUCCAUGAUGUUCCACGCGAUCGAUACGCUACGGCUGGCUGAGCAGUUUCGUAUUCAUCCCUCGCAAGAGGUUGCGUCGCGCAACAAGGCGGGCAGGAUGGAGGUCUUGCGCGAGGUGUUGUUCCAACACUUCUUGCAGACAGUCACAGGCGGACUGCUUGUGUAUUUCGACCCCGAGCCCACUACAGGGUUUGAGGCGCGUGCGAUGUGGGAGUGGAAGCGCGCACUGCCCUUCUGGGUGCCCAACCAGGCCAUUUACUACGGAUACAUGUACGGCAUCUCGUUGAUUAAGGUUUUUGUUGGCUUCUGCAUCAUUGAUUCAUGGCAGUACUGGCUGCACCGGUUGAUGCACAACAACAAGACUCUGUACAAGAUGUAUCACUCGAGACAUCACAGGCUGUACGUUCCAUAUGCGUAUGGUGCGCUUUAUAACUCUCCUGCAGAGGGAUUUUUGCUGGACACCUUAGGGACCGGUAUCGCAGCGAUAGUUACCAAGUUGACACACAGAGAGCAGAUUGCGCUUUUCACAUUUGCGACUUUGAAGACGGUUGAUGACCACUGCGGAUACGCACUACCCUGGGAUCCCUUUCAGUGGAUCUUCCCCAACAACGCGGUCUACCACGACAUUCAUCACCAACAGUUUGGGAUUAAGACAAACUUUGCGCAACCUUUCUUCACGCUAUGGGACCAGUUGUGUGGCACUAAGUUCCACGGCCUGGAGCAGUACGAGAAGGCCCAGAGACGCAUUACGAUUGACAAAUACAAGGAGUUUUUGAAGGAAAGGGAGGCAGAAAAGCAGGCCAAAAUAGACCAGGGCUUUGGAAACAAGAAAGAUAACUAA